AUGAAGCUGACUGUGAGCUACGGGCUGAUACCGCCGAAUGAAGGGUGUGGUGUCAACUCGCACAUCCUGCCGAUAACGAAGGUGAUGCACCCUGUGUUCAACGACAAGCCAUACUUCCUGACGUGUGGGCGGGACGGGUCUGUGGUGCUGCACCGGGGCCCGCGGUAUGAGCAGCACGAGGGGAUGCGGAUGCAGGUGCACAGCGACUGGGUGAGCGAUAUCAUUGAGGUCGGCAAGAACCGGUUCGUGACGGUGAGCCACGACUUCUCGAUCGUGCUGCUGGUGCUGAACGAUGACUUGGACUCCUGGCAGAUGCAGAUCGUGGGCGACCACGACGACUAUAUCAAGUGUGUGGUGCCCUUGCACCACGAGCAAGAGAAGGCGCAUUUGCUGAUGCUGAACUUGGACAUGCAGGCGACCAGGCAGCUGAGCAUGUCCGAUGACGAGGACCAGGACGAGGCUCUUUUAAAGCAGAACCAGGACCAGACCCAGGAACAGGAUCAGGAGCAGAAGCAAAAGCUAGAACAGGAACAGGCCCAGGAACAAGAACAAGGGCGCGACAAGAGUGGUGCUGGCGAGCAAGACAGCGUAGCUAGCUUCUUCCAUUUCGCAACGGGGUCCCUGGACAAAACGAUUAAGAUAUGGCAAUUGGACAAUCUGUCGAACACGGCAACAUUGCUGCACACGUUCGAUAACUCCCAGGAUGACGAUAUGGGGUCUAUAUACGCGAUGGCCGCCUUGAACAGAAACGAUAUAUCGCACUUAUUUGACGGCGAUCAGCUCAAGGAGAAAGUGCUGGACGGUACUGGAUUCACAGAGAACGAGGUCUCCGACACUGACUCAAACUCCGAUCAUUCGAUGGACCUGGACAUGCCCUUUGACCUAGUUGUCGGUGAUUGUAACGGUAACCUGAUCUUCUACUCUAGCGAGCAUUACCAGGAAUACACCAGGUUAAAGAACGCACACAUGUCCAACAUCAAAGUGCUGAAAGUCAUAGAUAACUCCAGUAAGCUAAUCAGUACUUGCUCCGAUGGUGUUAUACAACUGUGGGAUCUGGACGCCACCGCUAAGUCAGAAGAUAACGUCCCAGUGAAUAUUGGCUGCUGGAAAUGGAAUGCCACAAUCUGGUGUAUUACUGGGACUUCACACGACGAGCUCUAUUUUGGUGACUCAAAGGGAAAGAUUGUGAAACUGGAUUUGACUAAUUAUAACGACAGUUCCAAGGACAUAACCAUGGAUGUGAUAUUUGACAAGGAACAUCACAAAGCCGAACUUUCAGAGAAUGAUAUCAAGGUACAGUCAAGUAAAAGACAAAAGGGUAUUUUGGACUUGAUCUGCCUACCUAGUAAAUGCUUGUUUUUCUCGUUUUGCACUGACUCUAAUAUGAAUAUAUACAAUAUGAUCACUGAAGAGUUGAAAGUCAAGAAAGGUGGUUUUGCAUUGACAAGGAGCUCCUUAUUGACAAAUAGAAGACACGUAAUAACAGAAAAUACCAAAAAUGAAAUACAGAGAUGGGAUAUAUUGAAUUGUACUUUACUGGAUACAUUCACACCCGAGGAAGGGACUUUUGAUGAGGUAGUUAUGAAAUAUACCUCUAAAGAAAUCCUAUCUCACUGGUGUACAGUCUCCGUUAAAGUAGGUAUGCUUUUUGUUAAGAUAAACGACAGAUUUACUAAUACAGAGAUUUAUGGCUCAGCUCUGGAAAAUUACGAACUAAUGAACAAAAUCUCACUCAACCAGGACGAAAGAUAUAACCUAGGUAAAAUUGUUGUAAAUUCUCUAUUCUUUGAAUUUAUUUCAUAUGAACUGGAUAAGGACAAGAUAUGGCGGAAAAAGCUUGUCUCUCGAAAAAAGGAACACCCUAGCGUUAAGGAAGCAGGCAGCAAUUCAGAAAGCCAGGUACCUCCUGUUGAAAAAUCCAGAGACAAAUGGAAAAAAUCCGCUUUUAAUAAAUUCUUAGGUUCAUCAAGUAAUAGUAACAGCAAUAAUGGUGAACCGCUAGAUUUGGUCACCGAAAAUGAGAAUUCAGAGAGCGAGGCCUAUGACACUCCCCCUUUAUCUCCAUCCCAAGGAUUGAAUGAUAAGACGCUUGAUGAAGUGAUACAACCUACUGCGCAUAAGAAUUUUGGAGGUCGCACAUUGAGCUCAGGAUCACUUUUAGGUAGGAAAUUUAAAUCUUUCAGAUCUGGCUCUACAAAAAACAAUAGUAACACAAAUAAUCUAAGCGAAUCUUGUGCAGAGACUCCUAUUGAAAAUGGAGAAAGAGAUCAAUCGCUGGUCCCAAGCCAUAACGUAUCGGGAACAACCACAAAAGAUGGAACCCCUGACCUUAUAAACUGGAACCAUCCUUUUAAAGGGGAUAGUUCAAAACAAAAUGCACCUUCACAUAGCAACAUUGCGGCAAGACUACAAGCCACUGAAAGCUCAAGGUCCAAUUCUGUCGCAGCGGCUGACUCUUUCAUUGGAACUCCGCUAUCAUUGUCUUCUAGGGAGGAGUUCAUGUCUGAUCUAAUGGACGAAAUUCAUGAGUCCUACCAAAAAACACACAACGCCAAUACUUCAUCUAUAAAGCUCCUGGCCAGAAAACCUCCUGAUUCCAAAAUUCGCAGAGACUUAUCUUGUCCUAUCGUUAAGAUAGAGCGGGGUUGUCUACUACUUGUACAUAAUUGGAAAGAAGGUGCAUGUGGUGGACGUGUAGUAUUUUCCACAUACAUACCAAUUCCUAGAUCUGAAGAAGAGCAAGAAGAAGGUCUAAAGAAAAUUCAAACAGAGGAGGAAGAUGAUAAUGCUGCAAUUGACGAGGAUAAAUUGAAAAAGUAUGAUUAUGUUGACAACGAUGAUGGUAAUGUCUUGAGCAGGAGAGAAUUAUUUGAACUUUUGGAGACCAACCUACCAUACUGGUUAGCCAAAAUCUUGCUAACAGAGUCAAAGAAGACCGAAGGUCAACCGAAGUUAAGUUUUACAAUCAUUCCAUGGACCCCGGGUCAACUAAAUUCCAACAAUGAAACCCUUGAGACCGAUGACGAUGGAAAUACGCAGAGUCAGACUGAGAGCAGCACCCAGUCACACUCAAUGCAUAACAUGUUGAAGUUUGGUAAGUCAAAAUCCAACGACCAUGCCUUAACCGCUACGGAUCUGCCUAAAAUAUCAGAAUUAAACAUGAAAUUAAUGGCACCCGGAAUGAUCAAAGUGAAAAAGAUUAAACUAUACGUGGUGGAUAGGUUUGAAUCAAAGACUCCCGAGAUGAAGGCCAAACAAAAUCCAAACGAUUGGCUGGAAUUGCUCUGCAAGGGCCAAGUGCUAGAUAAUGACAUGACACUAAGCACUGUAAGAAGCUUGUUCUGGAAAUCUCAAGGUGAUAUCGUUCUGCAAUAUCGCCGAAAACUAUGA